UAUUAAUUUCUUCUUCUUCAUUUUCUUCAACAGCUAACAAAUACUCCAUUAACCAAAAAAACCGUCCUUUCUCUUCGCGAACUUUCUCAUCUUUCCUCCUCUUUUUUCUCUCUCUCCUAAAUUACGUCCUUUUCUUUCGCUUUUUCUCUUGAUUUUUUUUGCUGAUUUCACCUGAAUUUGAUUCUUACACUCUGAAAUUACUCCGAUUAUCGACAAUUUCAGCCAAAAUUGUCGGUUUCGAUUUGUUUUUGGAUCAAUAAGGAAGAAUUAGGGUUUUUCAAAAACAUUUUGCGCGAAAUUGUGAAUUUGUUUGAAGAGAGAGAAGUUGAAUGUUUGGAUUCAGAGUAGCAGUUGAUUCACAACAUCACAAGGAUUUGAAAAGUCGAGCUUCUUCUCUAAUUGAUUUUUCGAUCAAGUUUUCCUUCUGUUAAGAAUUUGCGCGAAAUUGUUGAGAAGAAGAAUUCAAACUGAGACGAGUUGACCGAGUUGACUCAUGGGUGACUCGGACAAUGACUCGGGAGGAAAGUCGAACAACUUCAGCCGCGGAGACUCGUACCCGAAAGAGCAGGACCGGUUCCUGCCGAUCGCAAACGUGAGCCGGAUCAUGAAAAAGGCGCUACCGGCUAACGCCAAAAUCUCGAAAGAUGCAAAAGAAACGGUUCAAGAAUGCGUUUCGGAGUUCAUCAGCUUCAUCACAGGAGAAGCGUCGGAUAAGUGUCAACGUGAGAAAAGGAAGACGAUCAACGGUGACGAUCUUCUUUGGGCGAUGACCACGCUUGGGUUCGAGGAGUACGUUGAACCGCUGAAGAUUUAUCUACAGCGGUUCAGGGAGUUGGAAGGGGAGCGAACCGGGCUUGGACCCCCGGUUCAGGGAAAUAAUAGUAAUAGUAAUAAUAAUAGUAACGGAGGCGUUGGGGUAAAUAGUGGAAAUGGUGGGGGUGUUUUUGGAAUUUCACAAGGUGGACACGUGUAUGGAUAUGGUAAUGGUGGUGGUGGUGGCGGCGGGGGUGGUGGAAGUGGUAGUGGGGGUAAUAGAGGGAUUUUGACUUAUGGUGGGCCUGGUGGCGCUAAUGGUGGGCCGAGGUGAUAUUGUUGUUAUGUUUUGUUGGGCCCCCACUAGGUCUUGUAAGUAGAGUGAGUGGGGUGUGUGUAUUUUGUUUUUAUUUUUGGUAUCUUUUUAGGUUUUCAAGUAUUAAUGUGAAAUUAAUUGGAGUUUGGUAGCUCUAGAGAUUUAGAGUGUAUUUAAGAAUUUGGUUUAUUUUGGUCAUGUUAUUUGAUAGCUUUGGUCAUAGUGUACAUAAAGCAUUACGAAUUUACAAUUAUGGAUUAUGAUAUGUGUCCUUUUGGAAAUUGAAGAGAGUUGUGAAAAAUGUGCAAGAAUUGAUGUUAUGAUUCUUUAGCAUGGAUGAGAUGAUUCUUAAA